AUGAUCGAGAAAGACCUUGAACCACAUUGGACAUUAGCUUAUUAUUUAAGAACGAGAUUAAGUCUUACUGGUACAAAAGUUGGUUGCAGUACUGGUGGCUGUGGUUCAUGCACAGUUGUCAUCUCUAAAUAUGAUUUCUUGACAAAAUCAAAUACUCACUUUAGUGUUAAUUCAUGUUUGAUCCUAGCGUGUACUUUGGAUGGUUGUCAUAUUUUGACUGUAGAAGGUCUUGGUUCUACGCACAAAUCAAAUGAUAAUCUGCAUCCAAUACAACGAGCUAUUGCUGAAAAUUAUGGUUCACAAUGUAAAGCUUAUUUUACUAAUUCACCUUAA